ACUCCCCGCAACACGACGCAAAAGGCGGGGACUCAGCGGCCGAAAGCCACACGGGUUGCGCCUGCGGUGUGCGCAAAUGGAUGCCGAAGUGAUGGACCGGUCGGACAGUGUUACGGCUGCUACUGACGGCGUCCGCGGCUCGCCCAGGGACCAGAACAGCCGAAGGGCGGCGGCGUGUCUUGUGUGCCGCCGAUCCAAAAUCAAAUGCGAGAAGGGUCGCGCCCAGAACGACGACCGCUGUCACCGCUGCCUCCAAUUGGGUGUUCAGUGUGUGCGCCCCGACUUCCACGUUGGCCGCCGGAAGGGCGUGAAGAACAAACGCACGGGACUGGAGAAGGCAUUGCAUCAGGUGGAGCAGGCCCUGCGGCGGACUGGAACUGGCAUCGAAGCUGCCAAAGUUGUCUCGGAUCUCAAAUGUCUCCUCGGCCCCGGUCCCCAUGGGCCACUAUCGCUCCUCGCCCAUGACCAAUCCGGAGCUAGGGGUGCGGAACUACGCCGGGCGUCUAAGCAAAGCGACAUCCUUCUCCCUGACGCUUCCUCUGAUGCCGGCGAUAGCUCGGCCUCGGACCAGGACGGUAUGAGUGCGCCACAGGAAUCUACGCCUUCCCAAGGCCACCCGGGCGAGGAGAGUCUGGCCGUCGACGACGCCGAGAAUCCCCUCCAGCUUCUCGCCCGUGCGUCAGAUCUGCAUGUCUCGCCCAAGUCAGGGGUCGACCACGUGGCGGCGGAGGCCAUGUCUCACCAACGAACACGCCAGAACAAACAGAACGAGAAGAUCUCCGAAGUCGAAAAGUUCUUCAAGCUCAGCCAAUUCAGUCUCGAUACGGGCCCUGACCUCGAUCCGAUUAAUCUCGGGCUGAUCACCGCCGAUGAAGCCGACACCCUAUUUAACUUCUUCCACCAUAACCUCGCUCACACGCGAUGGGGCCUCGAUCCCGCGCUCUACACGGCCGCCUUCACACGCUCCCGUUCCGCCUUCUUGUUCACCUCCAUCACCGCCGCCGCUGCCCUCUAUAUGCCAUCUGCCUCGGCCCUGUCACGGCGACUUUCUAACCACUGUAAAACACUUGUUAACCGCAUCAUCCUCGACCGUUACCGCUCUGUCGAGAUCGUUUUGGCUUUUAUGGUCAAUGUCCCCUGGAUGUUUCCCGGGAAGCACAGUACCGAUGAUGAAACCUGUUGGUAUGUGUCCAUGGCGACAACCAUGGCACUAGAUCUGUCGCUCCACAAGAUCCUUGUGCCGGUCGCCUCCCUUCGGGACGGCCCUGGGGGACUUGGAGGGACUUUUGGAGGGAUAGCAAGGGCCGAUUGUAUUGAUCCCAAGGUGGCGUUGGCAUUGGAUGGGUUUGGGGAUGUGGAACCGAGCUCGGAGUUCGGGUUGAGGUUGCUGCGGAGGCGGGAGAGGUGUUGGAUCUCACUGUUUGUGUUGGAACGGGGGAUGUGCUUGGCUAGGGGCCGCUGUUACACCGUUCCGGUUACCCCCAUUCUCAGAGGGUGCGACCAAUGGCAUUUGUCGAAUAUUGCCGACACCAUGGACGGGCAUCUCGUGUCAAUGGCGGUUUUACGAAGAGAUCUGGAUGAGUUAUUCUCGUCCAUCCGAACCCUUUGUGACGAGUCCCGGGAUGGCCGGGCUGAUGGCGCUUUGGUUGCCCGGUCCAUUCAGAUGAUGGUCGAGAAGUUCUUCGACGAAUGGCAUGCCAAAUGGGGCAUUUCUAUCGGUAGCGGCCCCCAACACCGACUCCCGCCCUACGUCCAAAUAUUGGUUACACACACCCGCUUGUCUAUCUACAGCACGGUUAUCAACCACCCAACGGCCCCGACCGAAGUCCGUCACUUCUUCCACGCGGCAGGUCUCUCGUCAGCACUGAACGUCAUGCGAGCGGCUAUCCAAGGCGAAGGGCAGUUGUCGAGCAUGCCCAACAACACCGCAAUCAUGAUCUCCUUCGCAGCCUGCUUCGCCCUACGACUAAGUGGCCAGUUCGCCGGCAACUCAAACCUGGCUCCCAGUGUCCGGACGCUAAUCGAAGAGACGGCUGAGGUUCUGGAGCGUGUCGGCUCGACCACGGAACACCGCAACGGCAUGUCGACCCUGUACGGGAAGUACCUCAAGUACAUCGUCAAAAAGGCGGCGGCUUCGGUGCCCGCUCCCCCCGAAAACGCCACCAGACCACGCGCAGGGACACACCCUGAACUGCUCGCACAACACCAUGCCUCGACGGCGUAUGCGCGAGGCAGCAACUCACGGGCCAGUUUCAGCAUGGCCGACGCCAUACGUCCCAGCCCGCCCGUAUCAGGUUUUAUGGAGCCGCCACCCUGGACGGAACCGAUUCAGUUCUCGUCAAUGUCUGACGACCAGAUCGUCGAGGCACUCAGCAGGGUCAACAACGAGUUCGAUCCGGCCCUAAGCAUGUAUCCCUGGGACGACGCAGCUGCUUUGGAUUGGCUCAAUUGGUCUAAUCUACCCGAUUUCGGGACAUGAAAUACAACACCGGGCAUCAAACCGUUGCUCGAGCUGGUGCCGGGGCCGUCAUGUUCACCAACUCCUGCAACUUCUCCAUGAUCACAAAAGUCAAUACGGUGUGCGGGCUAUCUACCCGUUAGUCGGACGUACAAGUCUCGGGGAGGGUCGAGCAACAUACGUCAACCGAAGCCAAGCAGGCGUCCACCCUUUCAUCAAGAACA